AAAAAAACCGUCUUUAUGGAUGUUUUGAUUAGUUGUGCGGAAAAUAUGAGUUUUAAAUAGAACAACGAGGAAGAGAAAGCGCUAAUGAUAAGAGCAAGAUAACAAACACUUAAAGCGUGGGAGAUAAAAGGAAGGACUAGUAUGGAAACUAUUUUUAUUACGAAAGGGAUUAUUGAUUCUUUAUAUGUUAAUGUAUAUAUAGAUAUACCGUAGUUACUUGAUAUUUGAUUUUUAUAGGAGUGCCUGUUACAGACGGGCAACAGACAAGCUUCAUUCAGUGAUUUAUGUUAAAGAGCUUUGUUUAGUCUCACAAUGUGGUUAAAUUUAAUAAUAACAUCUAAACAAUCAGUAAUCCCUUUUUUGCCAGCCAGAUAGUUUCUAUAUAGGUUUAACUGUAAUACCAGGAAAAGUGUUUCUACUAUCCUUUCCUUUUUAUGCGCACACUUUAAAUGUUUGAUUUCUUCCUUUCUUUCCUCUUUCCUUCCUCUACCACUCUUUAUUGCAAAAGUUCUCUGAAACUCUUAUUCCCCACUACACUAUUGUAUUAUUCAUUAAGACUUAUUUAUAUACCACAAAAAUAUACUGUGGUACUUUACAGCGAAAUUGUUUCAGACCCAUAAAUGGCAUUCCAACCCAUAUAAAAAAAAAAAAAAAUUAAAAAAAAACUUACCCGUCAACGCAAGCGAGUGUUGUGGUACCGUGUUCUUGGUUACUAUUUUAGGUGCCUGUGUGGUCACGAGCAGACAUAGGCACUCUCUCGGCCCUCUCAUCCCUGACCCAGCAGAGCAUCGAAUAUGUGACAGCUGGAGGGUGGCACUAGUACUAGGCUGGUACUCACCUGCUUCUCAUUUUCAACCAAAGAACUGAAGCAAAGUGAAAUGAUGUACCCUACUCAAGGAUUUUAACUAAGAAUGUAAAAAGUAGUAACUAGAUUGCACAAUGCACUUUAUCCGAUGAUCCGAUUAAUAGUAUGUCGAACUCUCAAAGUCUAACGCCUAACAAGACGAUUAGCUGUUAUGCUUGUUCAACAGCUUUCAAGAAGUACUGGCAAACAAGCGACCCUUGUCUAAAAGGUUCUAAAACACUUCCGAUUCAACAAUGCACGGUUCAACAAUAUUACUGCCAGGUGAAGACGAGCAGUAUGUUUAAGAGGAUUACGAAAAUAACUCGCGAAUGUGUCGACAGCUGUAUACCUGGAUGUAAAAGGUAUCUCUUUGGUGUAUUAAAAGUGGACUGUACCAUGUGCUGUAACACGACUAACUGUAAUUAUGGAAACAAUGGGGAGAGACUCAGAAUUCCUGUGACACACAUUAUAUGUGUCGUUAUAGUUUCAAUGAUAACAAACUAUCGAAUGUUGAGGACUUAAAAUUAAUAUAUAUAUAGAUAAUAUAAAAUUAAUGUAAUUGCAGAUAUUGAUUU